UACGACAGUAGAUGAUGCACAUAUGCAUGUCGAGGAGGACAUUGAGCGUCUAGUCCGACCAAACGUGACUCCAGUGAGCGAGCAGGAAACGAGUCAAUAUCCUUACAAUCGCAUUCGUACAGCCAAGUACACAAUAUUGACGUUCUUGCCCAAGAAUCUGUUCGAGCAGUUUCACCGUGUAACCAACUGUUACUUCUUGGCUAUUAUCGGUCUCAAUUUCAUUCCUGACCUCAACGUUUUCGGAAAGGAAUUGGGCAUGUUGCCACUGCUUUUUAUCUUGUCUGUGACUGCGGCAAAGGAUAUCUUUGAAGACCGACGUCGAUACCUGUUGGAUAAGGAAGUGAAUCACAGACGCUGUUUGGUAUACAGCAGCUCUUUGAAGCAGUUUGUACAGAAAGCCUGGCAGGAUGUUAAAGUGGGUGACAUGGUGAAAUUGGAUCGAGAUGCGAUUGUACCUGCUGAUCUACUGCUGUUAUGGUCAAGUGAAAAGGACAACACAUGCUACGUAGAGACGGCAAACUUGGAUGGAGAGUCAAAUCUCAAGCAGCGUCAUUGCCCUAAAGGAUUUAGAAAUCAGGGUGACCAAUUCGAUCCAGGAGCAGUUGAUCUGGAAAUUUGCUGUGGAGAACCAGACAACAAGAUAUACCAUUUCAACGGAAAGGGCAUUUUGACUAAUGGCUCAACAGUGGCUUUAGACUCAAGCAACUUGCUGCUUCGGAGUUGUGUGUUGAGGAACACUAAAUCUGUUGUUGGUUUGGUGUUAUAUGCAGGUCAUGAUACUAAAUCCAUGAGAAACAACAGUGGAACACCAUACAAGAGAAGCAAACUAGAAAGAAUGAUGAACACCGACAUUUUGUGGUGUAUUGUGAUCCUUUUGGUUCUUUGCUUAACAGGAGCUAUUGGUGAUACUAUAUGGUUGACUACUCAUGAUUACAAGAAUGUGAUAUAUCUGGGAUGGACAGAUGCUGAUCGUUCGGCCAUUUAUGAUGGAUUUUUGAGAUUUUGGUCUUUUAUCAUAGUCUUACAGAUUAUUAUUCCUAUUUCACUUUAUGUGUCAGUUGAGAUUGUAAAGCUUGCUCAAGUCUUUUUCAUGCAACUGGAUGUCAAAAUGUACCACCAAGAGUCAGACACUCCUCUUUGCUGUCGAGCAUUAAACAUUAGUGAGGAUUUGGGCCAGACUGAGUAUCUAUUCAGCGACAAGACUGGGACCCUGACAGAGAACAAGAUGGUAUUUAGAAAAUGCUCAAUAGUGGGAGCAGUGUAUGGACAUUCAGGAUCUAUUAGUGAUGGUGAUGAGCAAAGUGAAGACGUUCAGGAAAAAGAAACGCCUAUUACCAGCAAGAGUGAAAGUGAAAAAAUACUAAUUGAUAAUCUAUUGCAAGAGCAGUUGUGUGAGUCACAGGAUGCAACGGAUAGCCCAUUGAUUUUAUCUGAAGAACAGGAAUUUAUGGUCAUAUUGGCUACUUGUAAUACUGUAGCAGUAGGACACACAUCCAGCGAAAAUCAGGCCAGCAAUGUAGACUGUGACUUUACAGACUCGGGAAAUACCGAAGGCGAAGAAAUUGUAUAUGAAGCUGAGAAUCCAGACGAAGCCGCUCUCGUCAAUGCUGCAAAAGCUUAUGGAGUGACUCUACAGUCUCGCACUCUCGAUUCUCUCACUGUUGAUCUCUUAGGAUUUGGUUGUAGGAAGUAUCAGCUUCUUCACGUACUUUCAUUUACUUCUGAACGGAAACGGAUGUCAGUUAUUUUGCAAAAUUCAUUGACACAAGAGAUUGUUCUCUACUGUAAAGGUGCCGACUCUGUCAUCUACAAUCUAUUGAAACGGGAAGCUUUUUAUCCUCCAAGCAUUGACAGAAGCAGUGCAAGAAUGCCACGACAAGAGUCUACAGAGGCAUUGGCAGAAGUUACGCAGAGACAUCUUGAUGGAUUUGCAAGACUUGGGCUUAGAACUCUUUGCAUUGCAAAACGGGUGAUUAAGCAACAAGAGUACAGCGUGUGGCUAAAGCAACGAGAAGCAGCAGAACAAGCCUUGUCCAACAGAGAAGUGCUUCUUGACAAAUCGGCAUCUGCAAUAGAGCACAGUUUAGAACUUAUUGGCGCUACGGGUAUUGAAGAUCGUCUUCAAGACGGUGUUCCAGAGACCAUAAGUGCGCUGAGAGAUGCUGGUCUUGUCGUGUGGGUGUUGACAGGUGACAAGCAGGAAACUGCCAUAAGUGUAGCGUUUGCUAGUCAGCUGUUUAACACGGGGAUGGAGAUCAUGAGACUAAAUGCAACAACUAAGGAUGAUUGUCAGGAGCUCUUGAAGAUAAGGAGAAAGGAGUUAAAGUCUCAUCUUUUUCAUCUGUCAGAUGUUACCAUGCCAAAUGGUGUUGGGGAGAACAUUGUUGGCAGUAACAACACUUCUUGUAACACGAGGCAACCACUGAGGACUGGGUUGGUGAUUGAUGGACAAACACUAGAGUUUGCACUUGACGAUGAUCUCAAGGAUGAUUUCUUGGAGCUCGCUAAAGCCUGCCAUUCUGUAGUUUGCUGUCGUUCUACUCCAAUCCAAAAGGCUGCUGUUGUAGAGUUGGUGAAAGAGAAGGAGCAUGUGGUGUGUAUGGCAGUGGGGGAUGGUGCCAAUGAUGUGAGUAUGAUUCAGAUGGCUCAUGUAGGAGUUGGAAUAGCAGGCAACGAAGGAUUGCAAGCAGUUAUGGCAAGUGAUUUCAGCAUUGCUCGUUUCAAGUUUCUCAGACGUCUACUGCUUGUGCAUGGCCAUUGGAGUUACGACAGACUGGCCAACAUGGUUCUUUAUUUUUUCUACAAGAAUGCUGUGUAUGUAUUCUUGUUGUUUUGGUAUCAGAUCUAUUGUGGGUGGUCAAGUGUAGUUCCUGUUGAGCAGUUCUCUCUGGUCUUGUACAAUCUCGUGUUCACAUCUCUACCUCCGAUGGUUGUUGGUGCAGUUGAUCAAGAUAUUAGCGAUGACAUGCUGUUGCGAUAUCCAAGUUUGUAUAGUCAAGGCAGAAAAUCAAAGACCUAUAGUAGGUUUCUGUUUGCCUUGAAUAUUCUCGAUUCUCUCUGGCAGAGUCUAGUCAUGUUUUUCGUUUCACUCCUUGCAUACUAUGGCAGCAACGUUGGCCGAUUAGAGUUUGGAACGACUCAGAACACGGCCUGUGUCUUGACAGUCUUACUCCAUCUUGCGGUCGAAAUGCAUUACUGGACGUGGGUGCAUCACUUCACGAUGUGGGGUAGUAUGGUUGUAUACUUUGCGUGGGCUCUGUUUUAUAACGGACUUUUCCAGUAUCCCGGGCCAGACAAUGUGUACUGGGUCAUGGAGCAUACGAUUGCGACCGGUAACUUUUGGUUCUGUGUCAUCUUGACUCCUGCUAUUGCUUUGACGCCAAGGAUUUUGGCUAACACAAUAAAAAGACUUUUCUUUCCAACACUCGUUCAGCAGGCCGAGCAGGCAGUUGGUUACCUUUCGGGAGAGCCGGUGACGACGAGGCUUUCGACCAAUCCUGAUGGUAUCGCUAGUGUUAUUCCUCUGUCUGAUGAUCCCGCACAUAUACAACACGAAGACUCUAGAGUAUAAUUUGAUUAAUUAAAUUAUAUAGAUUUGAUUUUAUGAUGUAUCUGCCAUGUGCGGUCUUUUGUACAAAAAGCUGCUUUAUAAUUAGAGAACUGCUUCUGUGUAUUCUGUAUAGUGUUGGCCAAUACAAAUGUUGUGCACAUGUUCGUGUUUUGUGAUGUGAUUGUGGGGAGAUGAUCUUCAGAGUGAGCAUGAAAGACACCUUGUCAAAUACUGUGGGAAUACACCUGUCUUUGUGACCGACUUUCC